AUGUCUGUCAUUCUUGCUUCUGCUGGAUAUGAUCAUACGAUUCGGUUUUGGGAAGCUCUGACGGGGGUAUGCUCGCGGACUAUCCAGCAUUCCGAUUCACAGGUCAACAGACUCGAAAUAACAUCAGAUAAGCGGUUUCUAGCGGCAGCAGGUCACCUUCAUGUCCGUUUAUAUGAUAUACGAACUACAAAUCCUAAUCCCGUCACCUCUUUUGAGGGGCAUAGGGGAAACGUGACGUCGAUUGCAUUUCAACAAGAUAAUAAGUGGAUGGUUUCGUCCAGUGAAGACGGCACAAUCAAGGUGUGGGAUGUGCGCGCACCAUCUGUGCAAAGGAACUACAAGCAUCACGCAGCGGUCAAUGAGGUAGUAAUACAUCCCAAUCAAGGUGAGCUGAUUUCAUGUGAUCAAGAUGGUAAUAUUCGAAUAUGGGAUCUGGGCGAAAACCAAUGCACACAUCAAUUGACACCGGAAGAUGAUACACCACUCCAAUCGCUCUCGGUUGCCAGCGAUGGUUCGAUGCUUGUUGCGGGUAACAACAAGGGAAACUGCUACGUUUGGCAGAUGCCGAAUCAUACUGAUGCGGCAAAUUUGAAACCCGUAACAAGGUUUCGUUCUCACACGAAGUACAUUACGAGGGUCCUUCUUUCAUCUGACGUAAAGCACCUAGCAACCUGCUCAGCGGAUCACACUGCACGUGUUUGGUCGAUAGAUGACAAUUUUCAAUUAGAAACUACGUUAGAUGGCCACCAGCGGUGGGUGUGGGAUUGCGCCUUUAGUGCCGAUUCUGCGUAUCUUGUAACUGCAUCUUCAGACCAUUACGUUAGGCUUUGGGAUUUAUCUACGAGAGAAAUUGUGAGGCAGUACGGUGGCCACCAUAAGGGUGCUGUUUGUGUGGCCUUGAAUGAUGUGUAA